AGGGCGGUGAUGUUGGAACCGCUUUCAGCUCGCAACAGGUUAGAAGUGACACCCUCUUCGGCACAGAGAUACACUAGCCCGAGCUGGAAUCACGGACACAAACACCCCACAGACUGCCCCAUACAUAUAGACGAGGGUCUUGCUGUGCGAUGCACGCAACUAUAGCACCCCAAUCAUGGGUCUCAACGCAACACUCCCCCCUGAGCUGCACGACUACAUUAUCGACUUCCUUUUCGACGACAAGCCCAGUCUGGUCUCGUGCUCGCUCGUCUGCCACGACUGGCGCGUCACCGCCCAGUACCACCUCUUUCGAACCAUCUGCGUCAAGCACCCAGCCACCGUCGAGUCCUUCACCGACUUUCUUGGAUCCGCACCACAGCGCAUCGCUGCAUCUGUCCGUGAUCUGUCGCUCUGUGGGGGUGGGACGAGCAAGGAUAUCACCUACGAUGCGCAGUUGCUCGUCACCACAGCCUCUAUCGCGGCAUGUAUCGCCCGUCUUCCGGGUCUGUGCGCCCUCAACCUCGAGGGCGUCUGGUGGAGCGACGCGACGCGUGCAACAGACGCGCCACGCGCGCUACCAGCGCACGCAACGUCGUCGCUCGAGAAGCUGUCUAUGCGCAAGGUCUUCACGACACCUGAGGUGCUUUUCGAUACCGUCUGCUUGUUCUCCACGCUCGGCACGCUCCACGUCGAGAGCGUCUUCUGGACGUUCGGCAUUGACCGCAGCGACACCGCUGCUGUGCGCGUACCCACGCCUCCGACCCUGCAGCACCUCAUCGUCGGCUCGGGUAGCACGUACAACAUGCUCCGCUGCUUCCUACCGACCAUUCAGCAGCGCGUAGACGUCUCUGCGCUGCAGUCGCUGUCGCUGUCGUUCGAGCAUUUCAACGCCUGGCCCGAGCUCCAGGACUUCCUCGAGGACGUGUCGCCGCACCUGCGCCAGCUGAGCCUCAAGUUCAACAGAUAUCUCAUUGUGGAUGAAUCAUCCCAGUCGCAGCUGUCAAGCCUGCAGCUGCACUCGUUUUCCGCGUUGCAUUCGUUCGAGGUCGACCUCCCCGCCGACGACACCUGUUCGGCACAAUCGCGCUGCACGUGGUCGCUGCUGCAGCUCCUCCUUCCGCAGCUCCCGCCGUCCGUGCGCGACCUGACAGUCGUGCACAAGUCGCACCUCGAAGCGCUCGAGUCGCGGCUCGCAGGCGUUGAGUGGGCCGCCCUCGACAGUCUCCUCGCGGGCUCGACAUUCAAGACGCUCAAGGAUGUGCGCAUCCGGAGCGAAUCCACGGGCGUCAUGCUCUCGUGCGAGGCACAGAGCUUUUACUUCUCGUCAGAUGACCUCUGGGACUACCUCGAGCAGCACCACAAGAGGACGAAGUUGUUUCUCAAGGGGAAGCUGCCACAACUUGAGGCACGCGGGAUUCUGUCGCUCGAGUAGGCUUAGACUUUUCUUUCUCUUCUUUCUCUGGACGUUAUGGGUGCUUGCUGGGACUACAGUACUUGUUCCGCCUAUUAGGAAUAUCUGAUAUUUGCCUGGGCCUUAGAACCCC